AUGUCCCUCUACGCCUCUUUGGUCUGGUCCCUUUGGGUGUACCUUCAGUACGCCCUCGGCCUUCCUCUUCUAUCUCAUCGUCAGGCUGUUCUGGGAUUCCGCUGGUUUUUCCGUGGUCUCAACCAGUGUGGGAAUAUAAUUACCGACAAAGACGUGCACAAACUGCUGGUCGACUGGGAAGCUGCCAGACAGGUGACGAGACCUGGAAACACCCUCGAGGACGAGCAAGACGAAAUCGAUAUCAGGAACUGUCUCAAGCCCGAUUCAUCGUCCUCCGCUUCCCCUGCAGGUCACUUCGUAACGACGCUCACAUCGCGCUCCUCUUCCUCCAAACCGCCACGCUUUGACGACGGAUACCGGUUCCCGGCGCUUACCCCUCUAUGUCGUCGACGAUUAUGCCACUCGGGAACCUGGCAAUUCAUAUCUGGCCGUCUACUCAAGAACGCUGCCAAGAAUCACAAGCGCGCUGACGACCUCGAAUCAUGUCUCUAUGUCCUCGUCUAUGUAAUUUUCCGGUACCAAGAAAGCUCACUGAACGAGGACUUUCUCGCCCUUGAGAUGGAGGAGAUCUUUAACCAAUCGGAUAUCGUUGAAGGUGUUCAUUGCGGUGGACGAGGCAAAGGGUCAUUCCUUAGGGGCAGUGGCUGGACCCUACCGCCCAAGAUCGUCACGGAGUCCUUUCCCGUCGCCCUUGCCGGCAUCAUCAACAGUCUUCGAUCCAUAUUCGUCAAGCGCUACACUAGUCGCCCGGAGCCACUGGAUACUGUGCAUGCCGUGUAUAGGAAGGACGUGCAGGUGCAGUGGGAUCGCUACAACAAGGACAAAAAACGAGCAAGAGCGGCGCUCAGCACCUCCAACGAGGUCAUCGCGAUAUUCAAGACAUUCCUAGAUAUGCCGGAUAGUGAUUGGGAGGAAGGUCGGCCGUACAUGGAUCGCCUUGAGUGGCAGUGGAUCAGUGAAGAGACGAUGCAGAACGAGCGUAAACGUGAACAAUUGCAGGCGACUCCGAUGGGCAAUAAGAAGAGGGCUACGGGGGCGGGAAUUCACAGUGGAUGA